GGGUAUUGCUAAUUUGAAGCAAUUACUGGCCUCAGGGGUUGUUGUUGGAUUUCAUCGGCGGUAGUCCUGAGGUUAUGGGGUUCUCAAUCGGUUAACGAAAUACAUGCUUGGUUUAAGAAAAUGGAGACGUUUAUGGCGUUAUGUGUUGUUUUUGUUCUUCUUCUUUAGCAUUGACUUUCUCAGUUACUUAUUUAAAGUAGCAACAGUAUGAAGAAUCUUCUAAAGAAGCUACACAUGAUGCCUAAUCAAACUUCGGAUGUUGACUCAGAUGGGUGUAAUUCUUCUUCAAAGGGCAAUAAUCAAAGAUUGAUCGAUGUCCCUUCAUCAAUCGAGAGCCUCCCCCCUGAACACAAUAAAUCCUUAUCUGGUAUUUCGGGAUGGCUUAAUUCAGUAACGAAUCGGCGAAGUCCUAGCCCUCCGUCAUCUUCAAAUGUGAAAAAAGAGGAUAAGAAUGAAGGGUUUGAUUCAAUGAGUAGCGAAGCACUUGAUGCUGCCAUGGAAGCUGUUAGGGCAGGGGAUUCAGGGUCUGGUAAUUCGAGGGAUCCAGAGGUAGAAGAAGAGUACCAAAUACAAUUGGCUUUGGAGUUAAGCGCAAGAGAGGAUCCUGAAGCUGUUCAGAUUGAAGCUGUUAAACAGAUCAGUUUGGGGUCCUUUCCGGCUGAGAAUAACACUCCUGCUGAAGUCCUUUCAUAUAGAUAUUGGAAUUACAGUGCUCUUAGCUAUGAUGAUAAAAUCAUUGAUGGAUUCUACGAUCUGUACGAGAUUUCAACUUCAACUUCAACUUCAACUUCAACAACAGCUUUAUCAUCAAAGAUGCCUUCACUAGUGGAUUUACAAGCGACCCCUGUGUCUGAAAACGUGACAUGGGAGGCAAUUGUUGUCAACAAAGCUGUGGAUGCCAAGCUGUUACAACUUGAACAAGCUGCACUGGAAGUCACUGCCACGUCAGCAUCAGAAUCUGUUACUGUGCAGAGACUUGCAGUUUUAGUUUCAAAUUACAUGGGUGGUCCAGUAGGGGAUCCAGACAAAAUGUUUGUUGCAUGGCGGAAUUUUAGCUAUAAAUUGAAGGCAACUCUUGGAAGCAUGGUUUUGCCUCUUGGCUUGCUAAAACUUGGGAUGGCAUGUCAUCGUGCUUUGCUUUUUAAGGUUUUGGCUGAUAGUGUUGGUAUACCAUGCCGUUUGGUUAAAGGGAAGCAAUAUACAGGCUCUAGUGAUGUUGCCAUGAACUUGAUAAAGAUUGGUGAUGGAAGGGAAUACAUUGUUGAUCUAAUGGCAGACCCCGGAACCCUUAUUCCAUCAGACACAGCCCACACAGAUCAUGAUGAAUCUUCCUUGACAUCAAGUCCAUGGUCCCACGAUGAUGAUUCCUCUCGUUUAACUUCAAGAAGUGGCCUCACAAAUUCAUCAGAAGAAAGCUCCGAUUUUGGAACCCGAGAAAGAGAAAGAGAAAGAGAAAGAGAAAGAGAAAGAUCUGAUGAUGGAGCCAUUCAACCGAAACCCAAGAAAUCUUUACCUUUGAGACCCUCUCAUCACACCCAUGCCAGGUCACCUUCAUGGACCGAAGGUGUGAGCUCACCUGCAGUAAGAAAAAUGAAGGUCAAAGAUGUUUCACAGUACAUGAUCGAUGCUGCUAAAGAAAACCCUCAAUUAGCACAAAAACUGCAUGAUGUGUUACUUGAAAGCGGUGUUGUUGCCCCUGCAAAUCUCUUUACAGAAGUUUAUGAUCAACAAGAGGAUACACGCCCUCCUCCUCCUCCUCCUCCUCAAGAUGAUCAAAACAUCCGGGAUCCCAAAAAGGGUCAAAAAUGUAAAUUACCCAUUUUGCCCAAGGUUCCUGCCGCCGCGACAGCAGCGGCAGCUGCGGCGGUUGUUGCAUCGUCGAUGGUGGUUGCCGCUACAAAUCGGAACAUAGAACUACCGGUGGCGGCUGCUGCCACGGUGACCGCUGCUGCGGUGGUGGCGGCUGUUGACAGGAAGUGUGAGGCUUUUGGUGUAGUGGAAAGGGAUGGAAAUGGGCAGUUUGGUAAUUUACAAACGGGUGAGAAUGAAGGAGAGAGAGUAUCGGAUAGGUCUGCUGGGAAUGAUAGCAUGAAAUCGGAAGUUUCCCUUGAUGAUGUGGCGGAUUGUGAGAUUGCAUGGGAGGAUAUCACCUUGGGUGAACGUAUUGGAUUAGGAUCAUAUGGUGAGGUUUAUCGUGGUGAUUGGCAUGGAACUGAAGUUGCUGUUAAGAAGUUCCUAGACCAAGAAAUAACUGUUGAAUCCCUUGAGGAAUUCAAAAGUGAGGUUGGUAUUAUGAAAAGAGUUAGGCAUCCAAAUGUGGUACUCUUCAUGGGAGCUAUAACACGUGCUCCACAUCUUUCAAUUGUUACUGAAUUUCUUCCUAGAGGUAGUUUGUAUAGAUUAAUCCACCGGCCCAACAAUCAACUGGAUAUCCGAAGGCGUUUGAGGAUCGCGCUGGAUGCCGCUCGUGGUAUGAAUUAUCUGCACAACUGCAGUCCGGUUAUAGUUCAUCGCGAUUUGAAGUCCCCAAAUCUCCUUGUUGAUAAAAACUGGGUUGUGAAGGUUUGUGAUUUUGGGUUGUCGAGGAUGAAGUACAGCACAUUCCUUUCAUCAAGGUCUACUGCAGGAACGGCAGAAUGGAUGGCACCCGAGGUCCUACGAAAUGAACCUUCAGAUGAAAAGUGUGAUGUUUAUAGUUUUGGUGUGAUUUUAUGGGAGCUUUUUACGCUACAACAACCAUGGGGUGGAAUGAACCCGAUGCAAGUUGUUGGUGCUGUUGGGUUUCAACAUCGUCGUCUUGAAAUUCCUAAUGACGUGGACCCCACCAUUUCUAAAAUUAUUGAAAGAUGUUGGCAAACAGAUCCAAAAUUACGGCCUUCAUUUGCUGACAUCAUGGCUGCAUUGAAACCCCUACAAAAGCCGAUCACCAGUUCAAAAACCUCACGGGACUAA